GGCGGAGAGACGGCAGCCAUAGCAACGGUAGGGACCAGAGAGGUGGGAGCGCGCGGAGCGGUUCAGGGCGGCUGGAGCCCUGCCCCCGUCUGCAGUGGGCAGGCAACAGCGGCCUGUGUUGUGUCACCAUGGCAGCCGUAGUGCGGCCCGUAGGCCGUGGUUGCAGGUGAUGGACAGUAAGGUCCCGCCAGCGGUUUGGGACCUAACCGUGUCCUCAGGGUCGGGGUCUGAGCCUGACAGCUGUGAAACCAGGAUACGUCUGUGGACAGACCUGGAUGUAGGGGCCGUGGAGCGACUUCAGGCAGCCCCAACCCUGCAGGAUCGACGUGCUGUACUGGCAGAGGUCCUUCCAGGUCCUCCUGUCCUUCUGGAUGCCUAUGAGGCGGCUGUGGAACUGGGCCAGGAGUUAGAGCUGUCCCCAGGGCCACUCUCAGCCCUGCUGGGCAUUGUGCGUUGUGCCAUCUCCAUGUGCACCCAGACACCCCUGCCUGAUGUGGAGGAGUGCUACGCCUACUGCAGUGAGCUGCUGCUGUGCCAUGCUGUGCACCAUCCGCCGGUCAGUGUGGCUGUAUUUGGGCUGAGCCAGGUUGCCCGCAUCGCAGCCCACCUCUUUGGAUCUGUCCUUCGGCACGCUAAGCUUUAUGCCUACGUCCUUACGCCUCAGCCCUGAGCAUGGCCCAGAGGGAGAGAUGCCUACCACCCUCCCCGAGGAGCAAGGAGAGACUGCUGGGAAUCCCAACACAGGUGGGAUCCCCCUGGCUGAGGGGUUAUGAGGAAAUGCUGGGAUUUCAGGUCUAGGGGAGUACAGGGUAAUUAAAGGGAUCAUAGGGAAAGCGGAGGGGCACCCUCAUAUCUGGGAUAUACCCUAGAGUCUCAGGGGGCUGAAAGAUCAUGGGGAGGGUAAUGGCAGGCCCAUGGGUUCCUGGGGGCGUACAGUGGUCCCGGUGGUCUGGUGGGAUUAAAGGGACAGCUUGUGGUUAUGAUUAUGAUGAGGGCCUUGUGAAUCACUACAGCAUGCAGAAGAUCAAGGAGAGUCCUUAGGGUUGUGAGGUUCUGGGAGAAGUCUGGAAGGCUGUCUAAGACCAUGGGUGGCCUUGGGAACUCCCAAGAACAGCCCAUACAUUGCUCCAUUCCCAUGGUUCUUCUAUGGCCUUUUUUUUAUCUAUCAGCAGCUUUGUCUUGAGCCCUGUCUUCUCCAUGUCUUGCUGUGUUCCUGGUGACGCGUGUCCCUUGUGUUUCCAGUCUCUGCUAUGCCCUGUGCCAGGUUCUUAACCUGUCCCUACUGCUCUGUGCUCCCAGGCACUUCCUUGCUACUGGUGUCAAGCUGUAGCUUCUGUCACCCUCUGUGCCCUGUUUGCAUGUCCCCCCAGCUUUAGUAUCUGACCUCUGCUCACUCAUAUCCUCUCCAUAUUCCCAGGGCCUCUUGUGUCCCCUGUAGUGUUGGGUCCUGAGCCCUGUCUUCCCACAUCCCCUAUGCCCCCAUACCUAAUGCCUGUGUGUGUCUGUUUCUAGAGCCUCUGUUACAGGAGGCAGCAGUACCUGAGCUAGUGCAGGUUCCUGCAGAGAUGCAUCUGAGUAAAGAGGAUGUCUCUGGGUCUCUCCGGGCCUCUUCUAGGGGCAAGAAACACCUUAGAAGACCUCAAGGAUCCCGCCAAGGAAAUAAAAGGCCUUAGACUGUGCCAGCA